AUGUUCCGUCGGCCUCAGAGCCUUCUCCGGUCCGCAUGGCCUCUCGGGGCCUCUGAUACCAUCGCAUCUACUUAUAAUCUUCGUCAAUUGCUCCUAGUUAGUAGGUCUUUCCUUUCCUCUUUCAACCAUCCCCGGAGGGACGAGUUACGCAUAGCUCUGUCGCCUCCACGGACAUGCAGCAGUAGUCAGGCUACAGAUGAUCCCAAUGGCAUUCUGUCAGGAAUUGGUCGCGAGUAUCUUUUGGAUGGACUGGAAAGAUAUCCCGGUCCUGAUAGUUUCCCUGGGUCAUUUGAUGUUUUUGAUUACUGGGGAGGAGUUGGCCCGGAGGGGGCCGCUGAGGGUAUAUCCUUCUCGGAUGCUCCUAGCGGGGCACUCGUGGAGGAGGCCCGCGGAAAUGAAGAGGAGGAUUUGCUUGACACGCCGGUACUUGGCCGAUUCCCAAUAUCCAACUGGCUGUCGGAUAAGCUCAGCGCCACCCGUGACAACACCGAGUCUCAUUCAUCAGUAGCUCAGCUAGCAGAACCAUUAAACGCCGCUUUCAACCAUUACGAUAUUGAUCCGUACCAAAAUAUAGGCCUGGACUUAGACAUAUCGUCGUCGUUGUCCUCACGGAACUUCGUUGACCCUGCUACAGGGUUAACCACUUUGAGACCAGAAAAUCAAAGUGCACAAAGGAGCGACGUACAUCUAGAGCAGUCUAUAUCGCAACGUCCAACGCAGCUAGGAUUUACCUGCGGCAUUUGUGGUGCAUCUCUCUCUUCUCAAGGCAAACUCAAGUAAGUCUCCCACCGGUAUAAAUAUUAUCAUGAUAGACUGUAUGCUUAUCGUCCCGCAGCACGCAUGUUAAGCGCCACGAAAAGAAGCAUUAUUGCACACGUUGCGAUAAAAGUUUUUCAGAACUGCGGGACCUGCGUCGCCAUGUUGAAUCGAUCCACCAACAUGUAUGGCAGCAGUGCUCUCUAUGUGGAAAGAGCUUUAAGGGGCGGCGUAUGGAUAACAUAAAACGGCAUCUUGCAAAGGGCUGCAAGCAUAAGUAGCACGCAUUGGGAGAUCGGAUUAAUUCAUUGUACCAGUGUGUCCAGGCAUAGAUGAAAUCACCGGCAAACAUUCCCUUUGUAUUAUGUUUUAUGCAUUAGCGGGGACAGAUCCAAUACAAUCACGGGCAUCCAGCAGUUGUCAAAGCAACCGAGGGUCUAGAAGACUAAAUCCUCCGGAAACACGAAGC